AGUUGUAUUGAAAUGCAAAUCUCGCUUGUGUGUACCUCCAGGAAGAAAGUUAGAGAAGAAACAGAAGGUUCUAAUACAUUUUUUAUAAAAAGAAAUAACAUCUGAGCAGGAGAUAUUCGUUAAAGAGACUCCCACGUUACCUAGCUAGACGAUAGAAAAAUUAAAUACAAAUGAUCCGAAUGUUAUGGGUCCAGACCCUGUGUUUACAGCCCAAAGUAAAUAAAAGCAAUUAAUAUCGUAACAUGGAAAAAAACGUCGGCCCAUGGCCGAUGGCUUCUCGAUCACAAGUACACUUCAGUUUCAAGUAUAGCCCUUCUGCGGACGCUUCCACAGUUCCACACUUCACAGUGCCGGCCAUGCCUUGUUACAGGCUACAGCCGAGGUGUUCUGAACCGGAUCUGGCUAGGGUGAAAACAGUCCUUUUCAUGGCAACGCAUCUACGAAAUGACAGAAUUACAAGUUAGCAAACGCAUUGACGAUCGGUCCUCUUGACUGGACCUCGUGUUCACCGAUCGUCAACGGGGUUUGCAAGGGAGUGGCUCAGAGGUCUCGGUAUUAGUAACUUUCGAUAAAUUCGAAACAAUUCACAUAGGAAAACUCCGACAAGCAUUUCCCCUGUUUAUAAACAUUUCUUUUUUGAUCAUAAACGUUUCUUUUAUGAUGAUCAAAAAAGAAAUGUUUAUGACAGAGGAAAGGAUUAUCAUUAUUGAUAGACAGUUCUGCCAUUGCAUUCCCUCCCUUUUCAUUUUCCCUCUGGUUUUUUCUCGGAAACCUCUGAUCCGCUGCCUUUCUGUGGGCAAUCAAAAGUUUCAGUUUUGGAUAUGAGUGAUCACUUGGUGUUGGACGCGGGCAGUCGGAUUCCGCCGGCUGUGAUGACGGGGACGGAACCGUUGGCUGAGGGUCCUUCUGGGCCGCCCCCAGGCGCAGAAGGUGGAGGCACGUUGUGUUUGGUGGAUGAGAAUAAGAGGGUUGAACAAAGGGACGGCUCGAAUGAGGAAGAAUCGCUGAUUCAGAUGGCGGAGUGUCGCAUUUGCCAGAAGGAGGAUAGCGUCUCCGUCACGGGCUUGGAGACCUCUUGUGCUUGCAGCGGAAGCCUCAAGUAUGCGCAUAGAAAUUGUGUUCAGAAUUGGUGCAAUGAGAGAGGAGAUAUAACUUGUGAGAUCUAUCUUCAGCCUUACCAAUCAGGUUAUACUGCUUCAGGUCCUCCACCUCACCCUGACGAGCCUGCCAUUGAUAUUGGUGGAAGCUGGACAAUCUCUGGGACCAGUUUGGAUCUUAUUGAUCGUCUCAGCUUGGCAACUGCAGGGACAGGACGUAUAUUUUUGGAAGCUGAAUAUGAUGAGUAUGCAGCUUCAAAUGAUAGAGUAGAUGUGUGUAGCGGUGCAGCUGUUCUAAUGCAGUCAAUGGCCAUCCUGCUCUUGCAUGGUGCUUUGACCAUCACAGAGCCUGAUGGAGAAGAUGGCAUGUCUACUUUUUUCUCUCUCAUCUUGCUCCGAGCUGCUGAGUUUCUGUUUCUCUUCAGCAUAAUGGUUUUGCCCAUCAGAACUUUGCAGCAUCGACAUCAAAGACAGCUCUUCUUGCUUCGGGUUGCUGAGUUUCUGUUUGUCUGUGGCAUUAUGGCUUGGUUCAUCAGUACUUUGAAGUGCCGACAUCAAAUACAGGGAUCUUUCUAUGAUGAUUGGGUGAGACAGGAGACUGCAACACAGGUAGCAACACAAAGGUGCUUUCAUACUGUAAGGAAUGAUAACAUCAAUCCAGAUCUAAUGAUUCUAAUGACCAAGAAUCAAGCCAACAGAUCCGUUGCUCCACUACUAAGAAUAUUCCAUCUCAAGACAUCAUCUGAUCCCUUGUAAUCUUGGAAAGUCCAGUUGUACAGCCGUGUGUAUAGUCUAAUAUUUCUCCUUUAUUGCAGCUUUAUUCGCAUGAUUGUACAGUUCCCUAAAAUAGGUUAUACACACCUUGUAACAUCAAUAUAUAUGAAUGAUAACACUCUCUAUCUCAACCUGUGAGAUAGAAAUUCUCAAACAUCUUUAUGGUAUCAGAGCCAAAACAGGUUGCUAGAGAGUUGUUUUUUUCUCUUUUUUCCAUGGAGUCUCCAGCCUCCUCUAUGUCCUCUUUGUCCUUUGUUCCUUACCCAUAUCUGGUCUCACAAAAUGUUGCAAAUUGUCUUUCCAUCAAACUUACCCCUUCCAAUUUCCUACUCUAGAAAACUCAGAUGUUAAAUAUCCUUGAGAGCUAUGAUCUUCAAGGAUUCAUCACUGGCGAGACUCAGCCUCCACCACAAUUCUUACUGGAUGAGUCUUCUACAACUCAGCCAAACCCACUUUAUCUGCAAUGGCGUCGAUCUGAUUGGCUGGUUAAAGGUUGGCUUACUGCCACUUUGUCUGAAGCAGUUCUUGGCAUUGUUAUUGGUUUAAACGCUGCACAGGGGUCUGGAAUGCUCUUGUGCAUGCCUUUGCUAGAGUUUCUUCUGAUUGUAGUCUUGCUCUCAAGCAAAGACUCACAUCUAUCACCAAAGGACGUGAUACCUUGAGUGAUCAUCUGUGAAAAUUCAAGACACUUUGUGAUGAGUUUGCUGCUAUUUGCAAGCUUGUUUCUAAACACAAAAAGUCUUGGUGGCUCCUCAAUGGCCUUGGUAAGGACUUUGAGGUCUUCACAGCUACAAUGUUUUGACCUCUUGUUCCUGCCUAAUCUAAAGUGGUCAGGUUAUGUGAUACCCCUAUAUGAUAAGAUUAAGGGUAGGUGAUGUAUGGGAUCCUACAUUGCUUGAGAAUGAGAAGUUCUUGCUCUUUAUAAGAUUCCAAUGGGACUCCAAUUGUAUCAUUGACUAGUCUUUUUGGAAUAUAGGCCAUGUGGUUUGGGCCUUUCAUUGGGGUGUUACAAAUGGUAUCAGAGCCUAUCUCAACCAGAAAUGCGGGACUUGAGCCGUGCCACUUACAAUGGACAGGCCUGACGAAAACGUUGGAAAUUUAAAGGGGGUGGAUUGUGACACCCCUAUAUGAUAAGAUUAAGGGUAGGUGGUGUAUGGGAUCCCACAUUGCUUGGGAAGGAGAAGUUUUUGCUCUUUAUAGUGUUCCAAUGGACUCUAAUUGUAUCAUUGACAAGUCUUUUUGGAGUAUAGGCCAUGUGGUUUGGACCUUCCAUUGGAGCAUUACACGUUAUUGGAGAGUUAUGCUAAUCAGCAUAAACUCGAUGCUCUUAUCUCUUCCAUGGGCCCCUAUGGACAGAAGUCAUUUAAGAACAAGAAACAGCGAAGCAACUCUGGCUCCUUUAAUUCCAAAGAACGUGGUUUGUCCAAGGCCAAACAAAUGGCUCCAAAACAUCUUCUCACUACCAUGGCCAAUCCUUCAAUAAUUAGUCUCGUGGUCAACCAAACAGUAAGCCUGCAUGCAAAGAAGAAGUUAUUUGUCAGAUUUGCAAUAAACAAAAUCAAACUAUUCUUAAGUGUUUUAAUUGUUUUAAUCAUUCCUUUAGUUCUGAUAAUCUUUCUCAAAGUUUUGCAGCCUUAAAAGGUGAAGAACCUCCUGAACCUUCAUGGCAUCCCGACACUGGUGCAACUGAUCACAUGACUGGUAAUCAAGGUAUUUUCACUCAUUGAUUCCAUACUCUAGUUUUGAUGGUGUAAUGGUGGGAAAUAGCAAGGUUUUGCCUAUUACACAUAUUGGUCAGGCCACGGUUGGUCCACCUCACACUCCUAUUUAGUUACAUGAUGUUCUUGUAGUCCCUGACAUAAAGAAAGACUUACUGUUUGUUAGUAAGUUAACAUCUGAUUACCCACUAAAAUUUGAGUUUGAUAGACAUGGCUUUGUGAUAAAGGACAGGAUAACACAGAAGACAAUGGCAACAGGAAGGAAACAGAAGGGUCUAUACAUUUUUAAUGCUUCCUCUACCCAUGAUGCUGAGAAGACACCCUACUUUUCUUCUAGGUUUCAAUCUACAAAUAAACAAAGUUGGCAUCUAAGGUUGGGACAUCCUAACCCCAGAGUUUUAGACUAUCUAUGUAAUCAGCAUUUUAUUACAUUUGAUUCUAAGUCCACUUCAUCUAAAAUUUGUACAAGUUGUCAAAUGGAAAAAGCUUGCAAAUUACCCUUUCUUUCUCGAGAUAGUACUGUCAAUGUUCCUUUUUAUUAAAUCCAUUGUGAUUUAUGGGGACCAGCUCCUACUCUUUCUCAAGAAAAAUAUAGGUUCUAUGCUAUCUUUAUUGAUGAGUUUACAAAUUUUUCUUGAAUGAUUCCACUUAGGCAAUCUAGAUUUUCUGCUGCAUUUGUCCAGUUUUAUGUGUUUGUCAAUUAUCAAUUUGAUGCCAAAAUUCAAAUCUUCCAAAGUGAUGAAGGGGGUGAAUUUAAUGCCAAGGAUUUCACUACCUAUCUACAAACACAUGGGAUUCUUCAUCAAUCUUCUUGUCCUAAGACACCAGAACAAAAUGGUAAAGUUGAAAGAAAACAUCGGAGUAUAAUAGAUUUGGGUUUAACCAUGAUGUUCCAUGCCAAACUUCCUUCUCAUUUUUGGUUGGAAUAUUUUUUCACUGCUGUCUUUUUACUUAAUAGGUUGCCAUCUCCUAUGCUCAACAUGGAUUCACCAUUCUUUAGACUUUAUGGCAAACAUCCAGAUUACAGUUUGCUCCAUACUCUUGGUUCUAGAUGUUUUCUUUAUUUAGGCGACUACACAGGUCUAACAAGCUUGAACCAAAAUCAUUGCCAUGUGUGUUUAUUGGCUACAACACCAAACAUAAAGGCUACAGAUGCCUUUAUCCACCCGCUGGCCGCAUCUACACAUCAAGACAUGUUCUGUUUGAUGAGUCUGUCAUGCCAUAUUUCCCAGCCAACUAUGUUGUAUGACUCUCCUCUUAUUUAAGUGGAACUUUCCAGCUUUAUUGAAUGGAACAAGGAUACUUUCCCAAUCCCUGUAGACGCUGCCUUACCUUCUGCUUUUGCUCCUCCCAUGUCAUUAUCAAUCCCAGCAGAUCCUACCCCUUCUUCAUCUCCCAUAGUUCCUGCUCAACCCACUCAAACUGUUCCUUUACCAGCAUAUUCCUCGCCUCCAGCAGUGCAGAUACCAUCCACUCAUCAUCCUAUGCAAACAAGGUCUCAUAAUGGUAUGUACAAACCAAAUCCUCGUUAUGCCAACCUACACACUACCUUGAAUAGUCCUGCUGAACCAAGAUCAAUCAAGUCUGCCAAGAAUCAUCUUGAUUGGUGUGGUGCUAUGAUUGAAGAAUUACAAGCACUUGCUAUUAACAAAACUUGGGAGUUAGUACCUAGAACUUCUUAUAUGAAUGUCAUUGGAUGUAAGUGGGUGUAUAAAGCUAAGCUAAGAGAAGAUAAAACAUUGGAGAGACUUAAAGCUCGGCUAGUUGCCAAGGGAUUAAGUCAACUUGAUGGUGUGGGAUUUUUCUGAGACUCUCACCUGUUGUGAAGCCUACGGGUAUCCGAGUUGUCCUCACAGUUGCCACUAUUAAGCAUUGGGAACUUCGCCAACUGGAUGUUAAGAAUGUCUUCCUUCACGGUUUUCUCAAUACUCCAGUGCAUAUGCAUCAACCACCAGGUUAUGUGGACUCAGCUCACCCUCAGCAUGUGUGUAAAUUGCAUCAUGCCUUGUAUGGCCUAAAAUAGGCUCCUUAAGCCUAGUUUGAUAGGCUUAGUGAUUGUCUCUUACAGCUUGUAUUUUACUCCAGCUCUGCAGAUCCCAGCUUGUUUAUUUGUCAUUCUUCACAUGGUAUUCUCAUCCUUCUACUUUAUGUAGAUGAUAUGGUUAUAACUGGUGAUAACUCUAAUCGAAUUCAAUGGUUGAUCUAUCAACUCAGUACUCAAUUCUCCAUUAAAGACAUUGGUUUCCUCCAUCAUUUCCUGGGAAUCGAGGUUCAUCGAAUUGGCACAGAUUUGUUUCUCUCCCAGCAUAGAUAUAUUGUGGAUCUUUUGACUCGAGCCCAUAUGCAUGAGUGUAAACCUUUGUCCAUUGCUAUACCCUCAAAGGGUCACCACCUCUCGGCUUCUACUACUUUGUUCUCUAAUCCUACCACUUAUAGAAGCAUCGUUGAUGGAUUACAAUACUUAACUUUUACAAGACCAAACAUCUCUCAGUGUAAACUGUCUGUCAAUUCAUGCAGGCACCAACUAUGGCUCAUUUUCAGCUUGUGAAACGAAUCUUGAGAUACUUGCAAGAUACUACUACACUUGGUCAACGUAUCUUAUCCUUCAACACUCUUGAUCUCUGUGGUUUCUCUGAUACUGAUUGAGCUAGAUGCACUACUACACGUCGAUCAAAUUCAGGAUAUUGUACCUUCCUUGGUAGUAAUUGCAUCUCCUGGAGUUCCAAGAAGCAACCCACUGUGGCUCGCUCUAGUGUCAAAGCUGAGUACAGGGCUAUGGCUUCUACUGCAGCUGAGUUAACUUGGCUCUCCACUUCUCUGUGACCUUGGAGUCCCAUUACCCACAGCACCCUCCUUGCAUUGUGAUAAUAUGAGUGCCUUAUACAUGACUAUAAAUCAUGUUCUACAUGCUUGAACUAAGCAUAUAGAACUUGAUUAUUAUGUUCGAGAAAGAGUUGCCAUCGGUUCCUUGGAGACCCGCUAUGUUACCUCUUUGAACCAACUUGCUGACAUACUUACCAAGCCACUACUCCGAGGUCCUUUCCAGUUGCUGAGAAACAAAAUUGGCCUCUGUUGCAUCCCACAACCAUGUUUGAGGGGGAAUGUAAGGAAUGAUAACAUCAAUCCAGAUCCUAAUGACCAAGAAUCAAGCCAACAGAUCCGUGGCUCUACUACUAAGAAUAUUCCAUAUCAAGACAUUAUCUGAUCCCUUGUAAUCUUGGAAAGUCUAGCUGUAUAGUCGUGUGUAUAGACUAGUUUUUCUCCUUUAUUGUAGCUCCAAGAACCUGUUUAAUUUGACUGUACAUGCACUGAUACUUCAUGGUUUUCUUCUGUGUUCUAUUGAAACAAAGAUUGUGUAGUAA